GUCCCGUAUGAUUGGAUCAACAAGCAAAAGUCUAAUCAAAAUUGGCUGAAGAAACAAGGGGACAAGUUCCUUUUUCCUGGUGGUGGUACCAUGUUCCCCAAAGGAGUGGGUGCAUACGUGAACUUGAUGCAAGACCUGAUCCCUGAAAUGAGAGACGGCACUGUUCGAACUGCAAUUGAUACUGGUUGUGGGGUUGCAAGUUGGGGAGGGGAUCUAUUAGAUCGCGGGAUUCUGACUAUUUCACUUGCUCCUAGAGAUAAUCAUGAAGCUCAGGUCCAGUUCGCGUUAGAACGUGGGAUCCCUGCAAUCAUUGGUGUCAUUUCUACACAGCGCCUUCCUUUCCCUUCAAGCUCAUUCGAUAUGGCUCAUUGCUCAAGAUGUCUUAUUCCUUGGAUUGAAUUUGGUGGAAUUUAUCUCCUCGAAGUUCACCGCAUACUCCGUGCCGGUGGUUUCUGGGUCUUGUCCGGCCCUCCUAUAAACUAUGAACACCGCUAUCAAGGAUGGAAUACAACCGAGGAAGAGCAGAGAGACGUUUACGAGAAGUUGCAGGACCUAUUGUCUUCAAUGUGCUUUACAGUCUAUGCCAAACAGGAUGAUAUUGCUGUGUGGCAGAAAUCUUCAGACAGUAGCUGCUAUGAGAAGCUUGCUAGCCCUGAUCUCGAUCCUCCCAAGUGCGAUGACAGUAUCGAACCUGAUUCAGCAUGGUACACUCCGCUAUGCCCAUGUGUUGUAGCUCCGAGACCAAAGCUCAAGAGAACAUCCUUGUACUCCCUGCCAAAGUGUCCAGAGAGAUUGAAAGUCACACCCGAGCGCAUUUCGGAUGUUCCCGGUGGGAGUAGCACUGCUUUAAAGCGUGAUGCCAACAAGUGGAACGUGAGGACCAAGCACUAUAAGAAGUUACUCCCUGCACUUGGGACAGAGCAGAUAAGAAAUGUUAUGGACAUGAACACAGAUUUAGGAGGCUUAGCUGCAGGUCUCAUCAACGAUUCCUUGUGGGUUAUGAACGUUGUCUCGUCCUAUGCUGCCGACACAUUACCCGUGAUCUUCGACCGGGGCCUCAUCGGCACAUAUCACGAUUGGUGCGAAGCAUUUUCGACAUAUCCUCAGACGUAUGAUCUUCUACACUUCGACGGUCUCUUCACCGCUGAGAGCCACAGGUGCGAAAUGAAGUACAUGCUGCUGGAAAUGGACCGAAUUCUUCGUCCCGAGGGGUACGCACUAAUACGAGAGUCCAGCUACUUCAUGGACGCUAUCGGUGCCAUCGCCGAGGCAGUGAGGUGCAACUGCCGGAAAGAAGAUACCGAAGAAGGUGGGGAGAAGGAGAAGAUAUUAGUAUGCCGGAAAACACUGUGGUAUUCCUCUAACAACAGUACAAAACAAUGAUCCAAAAAUUCAGUGCGACAACUCUCCUCGUCUGGGUUAAUUGUAAUUAUUGUUCCCAACAGUGGAAGCAGAAACAAGGAAGUUCCAUACUGUGAAAGGAUAAUCAGAUAUCCCAAAGAAACCAAAAGAAUCUCCAAAUU